AUGCGCGCCUUUUCGUACUUGGUUUCUAUCGCGGCGAUCGCGUCGGCGCGUGUCAUCACUAUAUCCGAGUACCCCAGUUACUGCCGCGUAUCCAGUAGCAGCAUCAGCUUGAACACCGCGGAUCCGAGCGCAAGCAGCAGCAGUGGCGUGGACGUUGCUACUUCGAGUGAAAGCAGUCCCGCCGAGACAUUCACUGAGUCGUCUGCCGCUGCUCACUCCCCCGGUGCAACUGGAGCCUUGCUACCACUGCCGGCCGCAGGCUACCAGUCGCCACCACCGCCUCAACUCGGUGUCGUGGUACCCGCCGCCGAUACGGUCAGCCAGCUCUUCUGCAUGAACUAUGCCGAAGCUAUCAGAGAAGCAGCAGGAAUCGAGAUAGGUGACAACAAUGCUUCCUUCGUAGGAACCCAGGCCCAGGAGGGACCACUUGCAGGCAGCUACAUCCCCGACUCGUACACGUAUGCAGGCCUCUACCAGAUUGCGAACAAUCUUUUGAAUACUUCCACCAUGUUUUACACGCCGGACUACUCGCACGGAUAUGUACAGGCCCUCUCUAAGUAUCUCGACGUUAACUUCCCGAGGUGGCUAUCAGAUGGUAACGCUCCCGCCCUUCGCUCAGCUACAGAUGCUGUCACGCAGACUGCAAACAAGGUCAUUGAGGUCCAGAACGUCAUCUACGGAGCGAAGAGUGUCCCGUGGGCAGCCGACAAGGUGCGCGUCGCUACAGCGUUUGAAUAG